AUGGAAGGCAACCCAAACCACAACAGCUCAGCAGAGACCCUAGUCGGAGAUGACUACGGAUACAAGGGGCUAUCAUCAGACAACUUCCCAGCCCCUUCCGACCCGACACCCGCCUAUCCCACCAUGCCCCAAGAAAUACCUCCUCCCGCCGCCACCACCGUCGUCAACCCACCCCCCGCCGCCAUCCUCCCCAUGGAAAUAGUGGACGAGGAGAGCGGCAACACCCUGCCCGUCCAACAGCGGCGCCGCAACCGCAGCGGCGGCUCGCCGACCUCCAACUCCAAGCUUGCCCGGGUCGCUGACUGCUGCGCUGUGCUUCUCAUCCUGGUAGGCAUCGCCCUGGCCCUCAUCUUCUUUGCCAUCUUGAUCUACGCGGCCGUGAAGCAAUUCUCCGAGAUGUAG